AUGGCGGCGGCGGCGAGGGCGGCGGCGGGGAGGGCGGCGGCGAUGAGGGCGGUGGCGGCGAAGGUGGGGGCGGCAGAGGAGGCAGCGGCAGCGGUGACGGUGGCGGCGGCAAGGGCGGCGGCGGCGACGGUGGGGGCGGAAAAGGUGGCGGCGGCGCGGAUGGCGGCGGAGAAGGUGGCAGCGGAGAAGGCGGCGGUGGAGAGGGCGGCGGCGGAGAGGGCGGCGGCGGCGAGGGUGGCGGCGGCGCGGGAAGUGGUGGCGAGGGCGGCGGUGGCGAGGGCGGCGGUGGAGACAGCGGCGGCAGCGGCGGCGGUGGCGAGGGUGGUGGAGGCACGGGUGGCGGCGGUGACGGCGGCGGCGGUGACGGCGGCGGCGGUGAGGGUGGAGGCGGUGAGGGCGGCGGCGGGCUCGGGGGCGGCGGCGACGGGGGCGGUGGGCUGGGCGGAGGCGGCCAGGGCGGUGGCGACGGAGGCGGCGGCGAGGGCGUGGGAGGCGAGGGCGGUGGUGGAGACGGAGGCGGGCUCGGAGGCGGCGGGCUCGGUGGUGGGGGUGAGGGCAGUGGUGGGCUUGGGGGAGGCGACGGAGGCGGUGGCGACGGAGGCGGCGGCGAGGGCGGUGGAGGCGAGGGCGGUGGCGGCGAUGGCGGCGGCGGCGGGCUCGGGGGUGGCGGCGAGGGUGGUGGCGGGCUGGGGGGCGGCGAUGGAGGCGGCGACGGCGGCGGCGGCGACAGCGGCGGGGGCGGCGGGCUGGGCGGCGGCGGAGAGGGCGGCGGCGGACUGGGCGGUGGUGGGCUCGGGGGCGGCGGUGACGGAGGCGGUGGUGAAGGUGGCGGCGGGCUGGGCGACGGCGAUGGAGGUGGCGACGGCGGUGGCGGCGACGGCGGCGGCGGGCUCGGAGGCGGCGGCGACGGAGGUGGCGGCGACGGCGGGCUCGGGGGCGGCGGUGCCGCAGACAUAUUCAACGGCAGCCUCGAGCUCCGCGAUCCCCAAGCCCGCGCCGUUCGGCAGGGUCAGGUUGACGCCGAUCGUCUUCCACUGGUCCACCUCGACGGCAACCGCCGACCUGUCGAAUAGCUCGAAGAGGCUCGCCGACGCCUCCGACACCUCGCCCGCAGUGAGCGAGGCGAUCGCGUCGGUUUCGUCGCACGAGAGGAGGUCGAAGCCGACGAGGGCGCCCACCGUCUCCGUGAGGGUUUCAGAGAUGGCGGGCUGUGUCCAGUUCGUCACGGCCAACACCUGCGCCUCUGAGAGAUCUGUCGUAAUCUGGACCGACACCUCGCUCUUGGCGCCGCUGAUGGCGGCGAUGGAGAUGCGGGCGGCGAGGGCGUCGAGGGCGGCGCUGACGGCGGCGAUGGAGAUGCGGGCGGCGAGGGUGGCGCUGAUGGCGGCGAGGGUGACGCAGGGGGAGACGGCGAUGCCGGCGGCGAGGGUGGCGCUGACGGCGGCGAUGGAGAUGCGGGCGGCGAGGGCGGCGAGGGCGGCGCUGCUGGCGGCGAUGGAGAUGCGGGCGGCGAGGGCGGCGAGGGCGGCGCUGAUGGCGGCGAUGGAGAUGCGGGCGGCGAGGGUGGCGAGGGCGGCGCUGAUGGCGGCGAUGGAGAUGCGGGCGGCGAGGGCGGCGAGGGCGGCGCUGAUGGCGGCGAUGGAGAUGCGGGCGGCGAGGGCGGCGAGGGCGGGGCUGUUGGCGGCGAUGGAGAUGCGGGCGGCGAGGGGGGAGACGGCGAUGCCGGCGGCGAGGGUGGCACUGAUGGCGGCGAUGGAGAUGCGGGCGGCGAGGGUGGCGAGGGCGGCGCUGAUGGCGGCGAUGGAGAUGCGGGCGGCGAGGGUGGCGAUGACGGCGCUGAUGGCGGCGAUGGAGAUGCGGGCGGCGAGGGCGGCGCUGACGGCGGCGAUGGAGAUGCGGGCGGCGAGGGUGGCGAGGGCGGCGCUGAUGGCGGCGAUGGAGAUGCGGGCGGCGAGGGCGGCGAGGGCGGCGCUGAUGGCGGCGAUGGAGAUGCGGGCGGCGACGGUGGCGAGGGCGGCGCUGUUGGCGGCGAUGGAGAUGCGGGCGGCGAGGGUGGCGAGGGCGGCGCUGAUGGCGGCGAUGGAGAUGCGGGCGGCGAGGGCGGCGAGGGCGGCGCUGAUGGCGGCGAUGGAGAUGCGGGCGGCGAGGGUGGCGCUGAUGGCGGCGAGGGUGACGCAGGGGGAGACGGCGAUGCCGGCGGCGAGGGUGGCGCUGACGGCGGCGAUGGAGAUGCGGGCGGCGAGGGCGGCGAGGGUGGCGCUGACGGCGGCGAUGGAGAUGCGGGCGGCGAGGGCGGCGAGGGCGGCGCUGAUGGCGGCGAUGGAGAUGCAGGCGGCGAGGGCGGCGCUGGUGGCGGCGAGGGUGACGCAGGGGGAGACGGCGAUGCCGACGGCAAGGGCGGCGCUGAUGGCGGCGAUGGAGAUGCGGGCGGCGAGGGCGGCGAGGGCGGCGCUGACGGCGGCGAUGGAGAUGCGGGCGGCGAGGGUGGCGCUGAUGGCGGCGAGGGUGACGCAGGGGGAGACGGCGAUGCCGGCGGCGAGGGUGGCGCUGACGGCGGCGAUGGAGAUGCGGGCGGCGAGGGCGGCGAGGGCGGCGCUGACGGCGGCGAUGGAGAUGCGGGCGGCGAGGGUGGCGAGGGCGGCGCUGAUGGCGGCGAUGGAGAUGCGGGCGGCGAGGGCGGCGAGGGCGGCGCUGAUGGCGGCGAUGGAGAUGCGGGCGGCGAGGGCGGCGAGGGCGGCGCUGAUGGCGGCGAUGGAGAUGCGGGCGGCGAGGGUGGCGAAGGCGGCGCUGAUGGCGGCGAUGGAGAUGCGGGCGGCGAGGGCGGCGCUGAUGGCGGCGAUGGAGAUGCGGGCGGCGACGGUGGCGAGGGCGGCGCUGAUGGCGGCGAUGGAGAUGCGGGCGGCGAGGGUGGCGCUGAUGGCGGCGAGGGUGACGCAGGGGGAGACGGCGAUGCCGACGGCAAGGGCGGCGCUGAUGGCGGCGAUGGAGAUGCGGGCGGCGAGGGCGGCGAGGGCGGCGCUGACGGCGGCGAUGGAGAUGCGGGCGGCGAGGGUGGCGCUGAUGGCGGCGAGGGUGACGCAGGGGGAGACGGGGAUGCCGGCGGCGAGGGCGGCGCUGACGGCGGCGAUGGAGAUGCGGGCGGCGAGGGGCGAGGCCGACGGGGGCGGUGGCGAGGGCGAGGCGGACGGCGGCGGCGGCCACGGUGAGGCGGACGGCGGCGGUGGCGAGGGCGAGGCGGAGGGAGGCGGUGGCGAGGGCGAGGCGGACGGCGGCGGGGGCGACGGUGAGAAGGAGGGAGGCGGCGGCGAGGGCGAGGCGGAUGGAGGCGGUGGCGACGGUGAGGCGGAGGGAGGCGGUGGCAAGGGCGAGGCGGACGGCGGCGGCGGAGACGGUGAGGCGGAUGGAGGAGGUGGCGACGGUGAGGCGGAGGGAGGCGGUGGCGAGGGCGAGGCGGAAGGAGGCGGCGGCGAGGGCGAGGCGGACGGCGGCGGCGUUGACGGUGGCGGCGGCGAGGGCGAGGCGGACGGCGGCGGCGGCGAGGGCGAGGUGGACGGCGGCGGCGUUGACGGUGAGGCGGAUGGAGGAGGUGGCGACGGUGAGGCGGAGGGAGGCGGUGGCGAGGGCGAGGCGGAAGGAGGCGGCGGCGAGGGCGAGGCGGACGGCGGCGGCGUUGACGGUGGCGGCGGCGAGGGCGAGGCGGACGGCGGCGGCGGCGAGGGCGAGGCGGACGGCGGCGGCGGAGACGGUGAGGCGGAUGGAGGAGGUGGCGAUGGUGAGGCGGAGGGAGGCGGUGGCGAGGGCGAGGCGGAAGGAGGCGGCGGCGAGGGCGAGGCGGACGGCGGCGGCGUUGACGGUGGCGGCGGCGAGGGCGAGGCGGACGGCGGCGGCGGCGAGGGCGAGGCGGACGGCGGCGGCGGAGACGGUGAGGCGUAUGGAGGAGGUGGCGAUGGUGAGGGGGAGGGAGGCGGUGGCGAGGGCGAGGCGGAAGGAGGCGGCGGCGACGGCGAUGCGGACGGAGGCGGCGGCAAGGGUGAGGCGGAAGGAGGCGGCGGCGAGGGCGAGGCGGACGGCGGCGGCGGCGACGGCGAGGCGGACGGCGGCGGCGGCGAGGGCGAGGCGGACGGCGGCGGCGGCAUGGGCGAGGCGGAAGGAGGCGGCGGCGACGGCGAGGCGGAAGGAGGCGGCGGCGAGGGCGAUCGCGGACGGCGGCGGCGGCGAGGUCGAGGCGGAAGGAGUUCGGCGGUGAGGGCGAGGCGGAGGGAUUCGGUGGCGACGGUGAGGCGGACGGAGGCGGUGGCGAGGGCGAGGCGGACGGCGGCGGCGGAGACGGUGAGGCAGAUGGAGGAGGUGGCGACGGCGGACGGAGGCGGCGGCGAGGGCGACGCGGUCGGCGGCGGCGGAGACGGUGAGGCGGAUGGAGGUGGUGGCGACGGUGGCGGCGGCGAGGGCGAGGCGGACGGCGGCGGCGGCGAGGGCGAGGCGGACGGCGGCGGCGGAGACGGUGGCGGCGGCGAGGGCGAGGCGGACGGCGGCGGCGGCGAGGGCGAGGCGGACGGCGGCGGCGGAGACGGUGAGGCAGAUGGAGGAGGUGGCGACGGUGAGGCGGAGGGAGGCGGUGGCGAGGGCGAGGCGGAUGGAGGCGGCGGCGAGGGCGAGGCGGACGGCGGCGGCGUUGACGGUGGCGGCGGCGAGGGCGAGGCGGACGGCGGCGGCGGAGAUGGUGAGGCGGAUGGUGGAGGUGGCGACGGUGAGGCGGAGGGAGGCGGUGGCGAGGGCGAGGCGGAAGGAGGCGGUGGCGAGGGCGAGGCGGACGGCGGCGGCGGAGACGGUGAGGCAGAUGGAGGCGGAGGCGACGGCGGCGGCGGCGAGGGCGAGGCGGACGGCGGCGGCGGCGAGGGCGAGGCGGACGGCGGCGGCGUUGACGGUGUCGCUGACGACGGCGACGCGGACGGCGUCGACGGUGAGGCAGAUGGCGGAGGUGUCGACGGUGAGGCGGACGGAGUCGUUGCCGAGGGCGAGGCGGAAGAAGGCGACGCCGAGGGCGAGGCGGACGUCGGCGGCGUUGACGGUGGCGGCGGCGAGGGCGAGGCGGACGGCGGCGGCGGAGAUGGUGAGGCGGAUGGAGGAGGUGGCGACGGUGAGGCGGACGGAGGCGGUGGCGAGGGCGAGGCCGACGACGGCGUUGGUGAGGGCGACGCGGACGGCGGCGGCGGUGACGGUGAGGCUGAUGGCGGAGGUGGCGACGGUGGCGGCGGCGAGGGCGAGGCGGACGGCGGCGGCGGCGAGGGCGAGGCGGACGGCGGCGGCGGAGACGGUGGCGGCGGCGAGGGCGAGGCGGACGGCGGCGGCGGCGAGGGCGAGGCGGACGGCGGCGGCGGAGACGGUGAGGCAGAUGGAGGAGGUGGCGACGGUGAGGCGGAGGGAGGCGGCGGCGACGGCGAGGCGGACGGCGGCGGCGGAGACGGUGAGGCGGAUGGAGGAGGUGGCGACGGUGGCGGCGGCGAGGGCGAGGCGGAAGGCGGCGGCGGCGAGGGCGAGGCGGACGGCGGCGGCGGAGACGGUGGCGGCGGCGAGGGCGAGGCGGACGGCGGCGGCGGCGAGGGCGAGGCGGACGGCGGCGGCGGAGACGGUGAGGCAGAUGGAGGAGGUGGCGACGGUGAGGCGGACGGAGGCGGUGGCGACGGUGAGGCGGAUGGAGGAGGUGGCGAGGGCGAGGCGGACGGAGGCGGCGGCGAGGGCGAGGCGGACGGCGGCGGCGUUGACGGUGGCGGCGGCGAGGGCGAGGCGGACGGCGGCGGCGGCGAGGGCGAGGCGGACGGCGGCGGCGGAGACGGUGAGGCAGAUGGAGGAGGUGGCGACGGUGAGGCGGACGGCGGCGGCGGCGAGGGCGAGGCGGACGGAGGCGGCGGCGAGGGCGAGGCGGACGGCGGCGGCGUUGACGGUGGCGGCGGCGAAGGCGAGGCGGACGGCGGCGGCGGCGAGGGCGAGGCGGACGGCGGCGGCGGAGAUGGUGAGGCGGAUGGAGGAGGUGGCGACGGUGAGGCGGAGGGAGGCGGUGGCGAGGGCGAGGCGGAAGGAGGCGGCGGCGAGGGCGAGGCGGACGGCGGCGGCGUUGACGGUGGCGGCGGCGAGGGCGAGGCGGACGGCGGCGGCGGCGAGGGCGAGGCGGACGGCGGCGGCGGAGAUGGUGAGGCAGAUGGAGGAGGUGGCGACGGUGAGGCGGAGGGAGGCGGUGGCGAGGGCGAGGCGGAAGGAGGCGGCGGCGAGGGCGAGGCGGACGGCGGCGGCGUUGACGGUGGCGGCGGCGAGGGCGAGGCGGACGGCGGCGGCGGCGAGGGCGAGGUUGACGGCGGCGGCGGAGAUGGUGAGGCGGAUGGAGGAGGUGGCGACGGUGAGGCGGAGGGAGGCGGUGGCGAGGGCGAGGCGGAAGGAGGCGGCGGCGAGGGCGAGGUGGACGGCGGCGGCGUUGACGGUGGCGGCGGCGAGGGCGAGGCGGACGGCGGCGGCGGCGAGGGCGAGGCGGACGGCGGCGGCGGAGACGGUGAGGCAGAUGGAGGAGGUGGCGACGGUGAGGCGGAGGGAGGCGGCGGCGAGGGCGAGGCGGACGGCGGCGGCGGAGACGGUGAGGCGGACGGCGGCGGCGGAGACGGUGAGGCGGACGGCGGCGGUGGCGACGGUGAGGCGGAGGGAGGCGGUGGCGAGGGCGAGGCGGACGGCGGCGGCGUUGACGGUGGCGGCGGCGAGGGCGAGGCGGAAGGAGGCGGCGGCGAGGGCGAGGCGGACGGCGGCGGCGUUGACGGUGGCGGCGGCGAGGGCGAGGCGGACGGCGGCGGCGGCGAGGGCGAGGCGGACGGCGGCGGCGGAGAUGGUGAGGCGGAUGGAGGAGGUGGCGACGGUGAGGCGGAGGGAGGCGGUGGCGAGGGCGAGGCGGACGGCGGCGGUGGCGAGGGCGAGGCGGACGGCGGCGGCGGAGAUGGUGAGGCGGAUGGAGGAGGUGGCGACGGUGGCGGCGGCGAGGGCGAGGCGGACGGCGGCGGCGGAGACGGUGAGGCAGAUGGAGGAGGUGGCGACGGUGAGGCGGAGGGAGGCGGUGGCGAGGGCGAGGCGGACGGCGGCGGCGGAGACGGUGGCGGCGGCGAGGGCGAGGCGGACGGUGGCGGCGGCGAGGGCGAGGCGGACGGCGGCGGCGGGGACGGUGAGGCAGAUGCAGGAGGUGGCGACGGUGAGGCGGAGGGAGGCGGUGGCGAGGGCGAGGCGGACGGAGGCGGCGGCGAGGGCGAGGCGGACGGCGGCGGCGUUGACGGUGGCGGCGGCGAGGGCGAGGCGGACGGCGGCGGCGGCGAGGGCGAGGCGGACGGCGGCGGCGGAGACGGUGAGGCGGAUGGAGGAGGUGGCGACGGUGAGGCGGAGGGAGGCGGUGGCGAGGGCGAGGCGGAAGGAGGCGGCGGCGAGGGCGAGGCGGACGGCGGCGGCGUUGACGGUGGCGGCGGCGAGGGCGAGGUGGACGGCGGCGGCGGCGAGGGCGAGGCGGACGGCGGCGGCGGAGAUGGUGAGGCGGAUGGAGGAGGUGGCGACGGUGAGGCGGAGGGAGGCGGUGGCGAGGGCGAGGCGGAAGGAGGCGGCGGCGAGGGCGAGGCGGACGGCGGCGGCGUUGACGGUGGCGGCGGCGAGGGCGAGGCGGACGGCGGCGGCGGCGAGGGCGAGGCGGACGGCGGCGGCGGAGACGGUGAGGCAGAUGGAGGAGGUGGCGACGGUGAGGCGGAGGGAGGCGGUGGCGAGGGCGAGGCGGAAGGAGGCGGCGGCGAGGCCGAGGCGGACGGCGGCGGCGUUGACGGUGGCGGCGGCGAGGGCGAGGCUGACGGCGGCGGCGGCGAGGGCGAGGUGGAGGCCGGCGGAGGCGUGGGCGAGGUGGAGGCCGGCGGCGGCGUGAGCGGCGGCGGCGGCGGUGUGGGGGAGGUGGAGGGCGGCGGCGGCGUGGGCGAGGUAGAGGGCGGCGGCGGCAUGGGAGAGGUGGAGGGCGGCGGAGGCGUGGGCGAGGUGGAGGGCGGCGGCGGCGUGAGCGGCGGCGGCGGCGGUGUGGGGGAGGUGGAGGGCGGCGGCGGCGUGGGCGAGGUAGAGGGCGGCGGCGGCAUGGGAGAG